AGCAAUGUUAAAAACUUAUUUCACAGUGCCUCCAUUAGCGUUUCGUUAUUUUCCCAUAAGACCAUAUAUUAUCUGUCAGAAAUGGCUCCGAUGAUCUCGCAUAGGACUCUUUCACUGUUUGUUUUUGCUGUUUUGGGGUGCUUUGCUGAAGACCAGUAUGACAUGAGUUGCGAAAAUGGAGUUUGUUAUCGAAAUGAAGACGAAGGCCCUUGCAUGGAUGACGAUCGACCAAGACUCUACCGCUGGGAGCCCAUCACAAAAGGCUAUACAAGAGAGUUGGAACUCGAACCUGGAAAAAAGUGGAAAAUGAUCACCGUUGCAAACAAACCACCAGUCUUUGAAAUCCCCAAUUUUCUUAGUCAUGAUGAGGUCGAACACAUCAAGCAGCUAGCGAUCAAGAAAGGUCUUCAGACAAGCAUCAUGCACUUCGACAAACGGCUAUUGGACGCCAAGAAGAACAUCUCAGGACACUCUCAAGGAGCCGCGGCAAGUUUUAACAGCUGGGACUUCGAUCGAGAUGGCAAGAUUACUAGGGAAGAGGUUAAAGACUUCGCAGAAUUCUACAAAUACCUUUACUUGAGUCUAGAAGAAGUUGAGGAGAUGAUAGAGAAGUUGGAUCUUCGCCAGUUUGAAGAUGGCGGAGUGACGGAUGACGACUGGCCCACCUUCCCGACAGCCUCUAUUGUGUCGUACAUGGACACACUGAAGGACCAGCACCCACGUCAUCGAGAACGAUACAGCAACCAGGCCUGGCUUGGUCAAGGUCGAAAGGCUGACGACGUCAUGAAGAGGCUGCGCGCAAGAACCGGAAAGCUGACAAGAUUACCACCGGAGCUAAUGCAAGGAAGUGAGCCCGUCCAGGUCGUGCGAUACGGUAAAGAUGGUCAUUAUAAUGGUCAUUAUGACAGCCAGUCAAUCAGUGAACAUCCGGGAUACAAGUGUUGUCACAUUGUCGGCGCUGACCGGGUGCAAUGCAGGCUCUGUCGUUAUGCCACGGUCUUGUACUAUCUAAAUGAGGUACCUGAGGGAGGCGAGACAGCGUUCCCUGCCGCUGACAACGAAACCUACAGCGAAGAGGCUUUUGUACGUGAGAAACGAGGAGACAGAUUCAACCUGCUUCAGUAUUGCAAAGACUCCCGUCUCCUUGUGAAACCCGAGCUUGGCAAAGCCAUCCUUUGGUACAACCAUUUUGUUGACGAGGAUAACGGAUUCCUUGGCGAGAGGGAUGAUUAUACCAUACAUGGAGGUUGUGGUGUAAGCAAAGGGCAUAAAUGGGUAGCGAAUAACUGGCUGACGGCUUUUGAUCCGUCGAACAUUGGAAGCAAAAGCAGUUUCGAUGACUCUGAAGACCCGGCUCAUAUGGUCAGAGAUUUUAAAUAGCAAAGUUAAUUUAAUAUUUUACAAAUAAAUGAUAUUAAAAAAAGAUAAAAGAUAAUGAUCAUUAAAAAAACAUUUGCAUUACCUGUGAAGAGAAGCAGUUAUUCCUGUGCCCCUCAAAUGUGCUUUCUUCAAAUAAAUUUGGUUUUAAAAA